AUGCUUGGCUGUGACCUGUUCUACGGCCUGGAUCUAGUGCAUGAGUAUCAGCAGGAGAUGGACGAGUUAGCUGAGCAGCUUCGCCGUCAGUCGCAUUCUUCCGAAAUACCCACUCACACUAGCUUGUUCGAGGUAGGUAAAUCAAGCAAUACGACGGAGAGAGACGUUACUCCCACCCCGCAAAAACAAGCACAGCAGCGAACGAUCAACAAUGUUGCCUCAUUUACGUGGGAGAAGAAGGACACUCAACAACUCCACCCAGCUAUCCAACCAGAGUAUCGUUCGAUGUUCCAUCACCGCAGCCGCGGCGUCAAGGCAAACGUGCUGUCUCAGGGUCCGAAUAUUAGCAGCAAUGUGGAGGACCUAACAAGCAAUUCAUCGAAGAGGGAUUACGUUUCGCCUUAUGCCACUAAACCACCACACGACAAAGGAGAUCCGAUGGUCAACAGCGAGGAUUCAACUAGCAAUGCGUCUGAGGAAGGUGCCGAGUCAUGGAAUAUAUGCCGCGCGCCCACCAAAGAAACGGAGAACGUCCCUUCUUGA